GGAAGCGUUCGAACCCCUCCAGCAGCCAAUCAGCGCAGAGCGCCCACCCGUUCAGCAACCGGCUCCCCCAACGAGGCCUGUUCGUCUGCCUAGGAAACGUCCCACCGCCAAUGGGAGACCGCCCAGCCGUGAGCGCCAGCUGUUGAAGAACCAAGACAUAAUCAUGGCUGACAACAGUACGCUGGUGUCUGAAACUGGGAGGAGCCUCUUGGCUGAUUCUUCUGUUCUUGAUUCAAAAAUUAUAGAAACCUCCAAAGACAAUGCGUUUCCUGGAUCUGUUUUGGAUGUUGAAGAAGAAAUGCCUCAAAUAGAAACAAGAGUGGUUUUGGUUCAGGAAGCAGGGAAACGUGAGGAGCUUCUGAAAGCCUUGGAGGAAAUUAAAGUGCCCUACAUAAAGACAGACACAGUAGAAGAGCUUGGAGAUUCUGAUUCCCCAGAAUUUGAGACUAUCUUCAUUGUAUCAGACUUCCAAGAUUCUAUCUUUAACAAGCUCUGCAAAGCAGAUUGCCGUGUCAUUGGACCUCCAGUAGUACUGCACUGUGCACAAAAAGGAGAGCCUUUACCUUUCUCCUGUCGUCCACUGUACUGUGCAAGCAUGUUGAACUUGGUACUGUGCUUUACAGGAUUCAGAAAGAAAGAUGAAUUAGUUAAGCUAGUGACCUUGGUCCAUCAUAUGGGUGGAAUUAUUCGAAGGGACUUUAGCUCAAAAGUUACACAUCUGGUGGCUAACUCAACGCAUGGAGACAAAUUCAGAAUUGCUGUAAGUCUUGGUACUCCUAUUGUGAAAGCUGAGUGGAUUUAUAAGGCUUGGGAGAAAAGGAAUGAAAUUGACUUCUGUGCAGCUGAUGAUGACUUCAGAAAUCAGUUCAAGGUUCCUCCUUUCCAGGAUUGCAUGUUAAGUUUCCUUGGAUUCUCUGAUGAUGAGAAAGCUAACAUGGAAGAAAUGACAGAAAUGCAAGGAGGGCAUUAUUUACCAGUUGGUGAUGAAAGGUGUACGCACUUGGUGGUUGAAGAAAGUACAGUAAAAGAUCUUCCAUUUGAACCUUUAAAAAAACUUUAUGUCGUAAAGCAAGAGUGGUUCUGGGGAAGCAUUCAAAUGGAUGCCAGAGCUGGAGAGUCCAUGUAUUUAUUUGAGAAGUCGGAGAGUCCUGGCCUCAAGAAGUCUGUGUCAUUACUUUCUCUGAACACUCCAAACAGCAAUCGCAAAAGACGCCGUUUGAAAGAGACUCUUGCACAACUGACCAGAGAAACAGACAUGUCGCCAUUCCCUCCUCGGAAGAGGCCAUCAGCUGAACAUUCGCUUUCUAUUGGGUCCUUGCUGGAUAUUUCUAACACUCCAGAGUCGAACACUACCAGUGGAGAAACACCAAAACCCUGUGCAAGGCCUUCCAAAAACUCAACUCCUCUUCCACUGAAGCAGUCUGCAAGAUGGCAGGUUGCAAAGGAGUUGUAUCAGACAGAGAGUAACUACGUUGAUAUUCUAACGACAAUCAUUCAGUUAUUUCAAGUUCCGUUGGAGAAGGAAGGACAACUUGGAGGACCAAUCCUUGCACAGGAAGAGAUUAAGACCAUAUUUGGCAGCAUUCCAGAUAUUCUUGACGUGCAUACUAAAAUCAAGGAAGACCUGGAAGAUCUUAUGAUGAAUUGGACUGAAAGUAGAAGUAUUGGUGAUAUCAUUCUUAAAUAUUCAAAAGACUUGUUGAAAACUUACCCUCCAUUUGUGAAUUUCUUCGAAAUGAGCAAGGAGACUAUUACUCGAUGUGAAAAACAGAAGCCAAGGUUUCAUGCCUUCCUAAAGAUAAACCAAGCUAAACCUGAAUGUGGCCGCCAAAGCCUAGCUGAACUCCUUAUCCGUCCUGUUCAAAGGCUGCCUAGUGUUGCUCUGCUACUAAAUGAUAUUAAGAAGCAUACAGCAGAAGAGAACCCAGACAAAAUAACUCUAGAGAGAGCUAUUGAAUCAUUAAAGGAAGUGAUGACACAUAUUAAUGAAGACAAAAGAAAAACAGAGGCACAAAGGCAGUUCUUUGACGUUGUCUAUGAAGUUGAUGGAUGUCCAGCCAAUCUCUUGUCCUCUCACCGAAGCUUAGUUCAGCGUUUGGAAACCGUAGCACUUGGUGAUGACCUCUGUGACAGGGGAGAACAGGUCACGCUCUUUCUGUUCAAUGACUGCCUAGAGAUAGCGAGGAAGAGGCAUAAAGUUAUUGGUGCUUUCAAGAGUCCACAUGGCCACACAAGGCCGCCUGCAUCUCUCAAGCAUGUUGUUCUCAUGCCGCUCUCCCAGAUCAAGAAAGUCCUAGACAUCAGGGAGACAGAAGAUUGCCAUAAAGCUUUUGCCUUAGUUGUGCGGCCACCUACAGAACUCAACAACAAACUACUCAGUUUCCAGAUGACAGCUGAAGAACCUCCUAAAGAGGACUGGUUGAAGAUGUUGUGUCGGCACGUGGCUAACACUAUAUGUAAAGCAGAUGCAGAAAAUCUCAUUUAUACUGCUGAUCCUGAUUCAGUUGAAGUAAAUACUAAAGAUAUGGACAGUACUUUAAGCAGAGCGUCCAGGGCAAUAAAGAAAACAUCAAAAAAGGUUACAAGAGCAUUUUCUUUCUCGAAAACACCAAAGAGAGCUCUUCGAAGGGCUUUAAUGUCGCACAGUGCAACAGAAGGAAGAAGUCCCAGUUCAGCUAAUGACAGUUAUAUAGGCAGCCGACUGACUAGUACAUCGUCAUUAGCGGGUAUUCCUUCUCCUUCCUUGGUCAGUCUUCCCUCAAUCUUUGAAAAAAGGAGUCAUACGUUAAGUCGAUCAACAACCCACUUGAUAUGAAGCGGGUCUAAAAUACAGUGCUGUAUUGUAGAGACUGACAAGCAGCUGGCUGUUCAUAUGACCUGUUACUGACAUUAAUGGUACCUUAGUCAUUAGCACUUAGCAAUGAUUAGCAAAAUGUUAGGUAACACUAAGUUAAUCAUAAGGGGGUUUUAGUUGUAUUGAAGCAGAUCAGCUAAUCAGUGGAAUAAGUAACUGGGUCUUUAUUUAAGAGACAGUAUUCCCUUGCACAAAUUUAUUUUCUCACCAACAUAGUGGAAGCAUUUUCUUCCAUGGUAAUUGUUCCCUCUAGGCAAUAAACUAGUUUGUCAGACUUUUAAAUGAAGGUGGUGAUCAGAUAACUUACCACUAGUUUGGGUGACUCUUAUGCUUGCCUAAAGUCAUCAACUAGCAGAGCACUCUGAUGUUUGAAUUGUUGAUUUCUUAAAUGGAGAUGCAUUAUGAAGUACCUGACCUUUCAAGUAUGACAGUUAACCUGUUGUACAGCUGCUUAUUCCAGAUAUUUUAUAAAUGUAGUUGUUUAUAAAGAAAUAGAAUUGAGUUCUGUGAUUAUGGUCUUCUGCAGCCUCACUGUAACACAGUGGUCUGUUAUAUGGGUUUAUUAGAACAGUAAGUUUAAAGGCUAUGACUGGCAUUGACCACCAAAAAUUAUUAACUGAAUUCUUUGAAUUUCUUUGAAGUGGAAG